UGGCAAUUGGGAAUUGUGCCCUGGCAGGGUGGGCAGGCCCUGGCACAGGGUGCCCACCCUGGAUCCCUGGCAGUGCCCAAGGCCAGGCUGGACAGGGUUUGGAUGAAGCUGCUGCUGCCUGCCACAGAAAGUGGUGGAUUAGUAAAGAAUUCCCUCUAAUCCAGCUAAAAAUAACCAAUUUUAGAGGUUUCUGGAAUAUACAAAGCUGUGAUUUCCACGUAAAUUGGUUGGGUUUUUUUUCUUUUUUUUUAAUAUUUUUCCUGAUCAAGGGGUUUUGGCACCUUACAAAUAUUCAUUCUAUUCUGAAAAUUACCAUUCCCCACAGCCACACUUUCCCCAGUGAGCUGGCUAACUGCUCCCAAGGGAUGUCCAGCAGGUGACAGUCCCUGUGCUGGCAGCACAGGCACAUUCCUUAUUUCCUGUGGCUGCUGGAAGGGCUAAACCCGAGUUUGGAGGUGUUUGCAGGGAAGAGGCAGCUCUGAGGCCAACCCAAGGCACAAGGAAUUGUUGUUCUGAGCUCUGCCCUGCUGAGGAUGUCCCUGAACUACCCAACACCUCAUCCUGACCCACAUAAACUGUGGUUUCCCUCCCAGAAUUCCCAAACUGCAGGACAUUUUAAACUCCACAUUACAUUCAAAUUCAAUUCAAAGCUUCUUUCACACUGAGCAGGGAAAAGGGGUUGGAGUGGAAAAUGAAGGUUAUGGUGAGGAGUCUGCUCCCAGAGCUGCUGGGGAAGGGCAGGAAGGAGCUGCAGGAUCCCUGCCCACCGUGGAAUCCCUCUGGAGCAUCCCUUCCCCUUCCCCUCUGGAGCAUCUCUUCCCCUCUGGAGCAUCCCUUCCUGCACUGCAAUCCCUCUGGAGCAUCUCUUCUUCCACUGCAAUCCAUCUGGAGCAUCCUUUCCUUUCUGGACCAUCCCUUCCCCUCUGGAUCAUCCUUUCCCCUCUGGAGAAUCCCUUCCUGCACUGCAAUCCCCCUGGAGCAUUCCUUCCCAUCCCUUCCCCCCUGGAUCAUCCCUUUUCUCACUGCAAUCCCUCUGGAGCAUCCCUUCCCCUCUGGAGCAUCCUUUCCUGCACUGCAAUCCCUCUGGAGCAUCCCUUCCCCCCUGUGGAAUCCAUCUGGAGCAUCCCUUCCCCACUGCAAUCUCUCUGGAGCAUCCCUUCUCCUCUGGAGCAUCCCUUCCCCACGGGAGCAUCCCUUCUUCCACUCCAAUCCCUCUGGAAUCCCUCUGGAAUCCCUUCCUGCACUGCAAUCCCUCUGGAGCAUCCCCUGCCUUCUGGAUCAUCCUUUCCCUUCUGGAGCAUCUCUUCCCCACUGUGGAAUCCAUCUGGAUCAUCCUUUCCCUUCUGGAUCAUCCCUUCCCCACUGUGGAAUCCAUCUGGAUCAUCCCUUCCCCUCUGGAUCACCCUUUUCCCACUGCAAUCCCUCUGGAAUCCCUUCCUGCACUGCAAUCCCUCUGGAGCAUUCCUUCCCAUCCCUUCCCCCCUGGAUCAUCCCUUUUCUCACUGCAACCCCCCUGGAGCAUCCCUUCCCCUCUGGAGCAUCCUUUCCUGCACUGCAAUCCCUCUGGAGCGUCCCUUCCCCCCUGUGGAAUCCAUCUGGAGCAUCCCUUCCCCAAGGAAGCAUCCCUUCCCCACUGCAAUCUCUGGAGCAUCCCUUCUCCUCUGGAGCAUCCCUUCUUCCACUCCAAUCCCUCUGAAAUCCCUCUGGAGCAUCCCUUCUUCCACUCCAAUCCCUUUGGAGCAUCCCUUCCUGCACUGCAAUCCCUCUGGAGCAUCUCUUCACCACUGUGGAAUCCAUCUGGAGCAUCCCUUCCCCUCCGGAUCAUCCUUUCCAGUCUGGAGCAUCCUUUCCUGCACUGCAAUCCCCCUGGAGCAUUCCUUCCCAUCCCUUUCCCCCUGGAUCAUCCCUUUUCCCACUGCAAUCCCCCUGCAAUCCCUCUGGAAUCCCCCUGCAAUCCCUCUUCCCACCACUCCUGCUCCAAGGCCUCAGGGGGCCUGGGUGACUUCUCCAAUUCUCAAACCAAAGUGGGACCAAACCCUUCCCUCCUGGACUCCCUCGGGAUGGAUUUGGACUUGCCAGCCAUCUCCCAGCUCAUGCCACAGGGAUUUCCCUCUCCCAGGGUGGUUUUGUUCCAUUUUCCCUGCCCAGCAGCUCCAGCAGUGAUUCCCCCAGCAGGGCUCCUGGCAUCCCAGGGCACUGGGAGCUGUGGGCAGGGAAAAGCCCCUGGGAAUGUCCUGGCUUGUCCCCAGUGAGGCCACUCAGCCCCAGGGAAGGUUCACCAGUGCCAAGGGUGAUGCCUCAGGUUUGGCUUUUCUAUUUUUCACAUCCUGUGCUGCUUUGGUGUGUGGGUUUAGAUUCAUAUUCUGGGAUGGUGAGCUCUCUGCACAGAGCAGGCAGACAAAACAAU